AUGUCCAAUCAAACCACCGUGACCAAGUUCUUUCUCUUGGGAUUUUCUGACAUUCAGGAGCUGCAGAUUUUGCACUUUGUGGUGUUUCUAGUGAUUUACUUGGCAGCCCUGAUAGGGAAACUUCUCAUCGUCACAGCCGUAGCCCUCGACCACCAUCUUCACAUCCCCACGUACUUCUUCUUGAUGAAUCUUUCCAUCCUAGACCUUGGCUCCAUCUCUGUCACCAUCCCCAAAUCCAUGGCCAAUUCCCUCAUGAACACCAAGUUGAUUUCUUACCCUGGAUGUGUUACCCAAGUCUUUUUCUUCCUUUUUUUCAUGGGAGCAGAUUUUUCCCUUCUCACAGUCAUGGCGUAUGAUCGAUACCUCGCCAUCUGUCAGCCAUUGCAAUAUGAGAGAGUGAUGAACAGGGGAGCUUGUGUCCAAGUGGCAGCCAGUGCGUGGAUUAGUGGCAUUCUCAAUUCUGCACUGCACACUGGAAACAUGUUUGUAAUAUCCUUCUGCAGAGGCAAUGUGGUUGAUCAGUUCUUCUGUGAAAUCCCUCAGUUACUUAAGCUUGCCUGCUCUGAUGCCUACUUCAUUGAAACUAGGCUUCUUGUCUUUAGUGCAUGCUUAUAUUUUAGCUACUUUGCUUUAAUAAUUGUGUCAUAUGUUCAGAUCUUCAAAACAGUUCUGGGAAUCCCCUCUGAGCAGGGAAGGCUUAAAGUCUUCUCUACCUGCCUUCCUCACCUCAUUGUGGUCUCCUUGUUUAUUUGCACUGGCACAUUUGCCUACCUGAAACUCACCUCCAGGUCAGUGUCAGGUCUGGAUCUUGUGAUAGCUGUUCUCUAUUCUGUGAUGCCUCCAGUAAUGAAUCCAAUCCUCUAUAGCAUGAUAAAUAAAGAGAUCAAAGCUUCUGCAGCACCAAGUAUGUGGAAGGAGAUGGUCAAUAGAACUACCUUGAGCGAGUUCCUUCUUCUGGAUUUCUCUGACAUUCGAGAGCAACAGAUUUUAUACUCCAUGGUGUUCCUACUCAUUUAUCUAGCAGCUGUGACAGGGAACCUUCUUAUCAUUGCAGUUGUAGCCCUCGAUUGCCACCUUCUCACCCUCAUAUAUUUCUUCCUAUUCAACCUAUCCUUCCUAGACCUCUGCUACAUCUCUGUCACCAUCCCCAAGAUGUUUGCCGACUCCCUAAACAACACAGGUCCAUUUCCUUCUUUGGAUGCAUCACCCAAGUCUUUCUGGCUAUUUCACAUGCAGCCACAGAAUGUGCCUUUCUCUCCAUGA